CUCCGCUUCGGAGUUACGCAGUUUACGUACGUAACUCCGUACGUCAGAGCACUUCCUGGUUGCUGCUGCAGCUGGAAAUGGCGGAGCUGAAAGAGGCGGACGCUUCUCAGCAGCACCAGGAGGACGGAGGCAUCAAACGUGAUGAAGACACCGGAGAGGAAGACUCUGCCGGCGCGGCCCCCGCUGCAGAGCGGAGCGACGCUGCUGCUGACAGCGACUCCAAACCUUCAACCACGACCUCCGACAGACACAUCUCCAUCCAGACCAAACUGGAAGGACUGGAGACGCUGGUGGACCUUAAUGGUGCAGGGCGGAAGUCCUGCCCUCUGUGUCCUGAGGAGAAGUUUAAAGCCUGCUACAGCCACAAGCUGCGCCGGCACCUGCAGAACCUCCACUGGAAGGUCUAUGUGGAGUUUAAAGGAAGCAGGAUGUGCAUCUGCCACCUGGCCUGCAGGAACCCCAAACCCAGCCUGAGCGGAGAUCAGGUGUCGGGUCGACACAUGGCCCACUUCCACUGCGUGGUGUGUUCGGUCACCAUCGCCCGCAAGACGGACAUGGUCAGCCACCUGAAGCGCCACUUCAACAAGGGAGAGACGGAGGCCAGCUACCCCGGCGGCUCCGACGCUCAGACGGAAGAGCCCACGCCUUCGGGUCAGGCCUACGAGAUCCUGAAGGAACUGGGGACCAACGUCCAGCUGCUGCCGAACCACAGCACCCCGCUGAAGAGCGACACGUACUUCAACCGGAAGAUGAAGCCCAACAGGCAGCUGGUGUUCUGUUCGCUCGCGGUUCUGGCCGAGGAGAGGAACCCGCUGGAGUGUCUGGAUGCUUUUGGAGCCACAGGCAUCAUGGGCCUCCAGUGGGCCAAACACCUCCGCAGCACCGUCAGAGUGACGAUUACAGACAUCAGCGACACCUGCGUCAAAAUGAUCAGAGAGAACUGCGAGCUGAACAACAUCCGGGCCGAUGGCGGCUCUCGAGGGCCGCGGGGCCCCGACAGGGCCGGCUGCGAGCCGGAGACGGCCCCCGUCGCCACGGUGGAGGUCGCCAAGAUGGACGCUAAUGUCAUGAUGCAUCUGCGGCCGUUUGACUACAUCCACCUGGAUCCUUUCGGCACGGCCGUGAACUACCUGGAUGCUGCCUUCAGAAACGUCCGGAACCUCGGCAUCAUCUCAGUGACGUCCACGGACACGGGCUCGCUCUACGCCAAGUCGCCCAACGUCACGCUGCGCCACUACGGCUGCCACAUCGUACGCACCGAGUACUACAAAGAGCUGGCAGCCCGCAUGGUGGUAGCCACGGUAGCCAGGGCGGCGGCGCGCUGCAACAAAGGCAUCGAGGUUCUGCUGGCCGUGGCUUUGGAGCACUUUGUGCUGGUGGUGGUGAGGGUCCUCAGGGGCCCGACUCAAGCAGACGAGUCGGCCAAGAAACUCCGCAAACUGGUCCACUGCCAGUGGUGUGAGGAGAGAGUGUUCCUGAAACUGGGCAACAUGGUGGACGACACUGUUCCCUGCCACUGUCAUGGAAGUCUGCCUGGGAAGACAGCGGUGCAGCUGGGACCUCUGUGGGCCGGCCCUCUGUUCAACACCGGCUUCCUGAGGAGGAUGCUGUCUGCCGCCGUGCAGCACAGCAUGGACGACGUCCAGCCGCUCGUCAAAACGCUCAUCUGCGAGUCCGAGUGCACCACGCUCAAGUCUCUGGUGCACGGGUCAUCAGCGCUCAGUAACCAGGUGGAGUGUGGAGUCGUCAUCAAGACGCUGCAGAGCGGAGAGGAUGGAGAUCAGGCUGGGAAAAGGAAAAGCGUGGAGGAUUGUGGGAACGUUGUGAAGAAGCUGAAGCCUGAUGCGUCUCUGGAUCAUCCGCCGUUCUACUACAGCAUCCACCGGCACAGCAUCCGCAGCAUGAACAUGCCCAAGUUGAACAAGUUCCUGCAGUACCUGACGGAGGCCGGCUUCAGGGUGAGCCGGACCCAUUUCGACCCGACCGGGGUCCGGACCGACGCCACGCUGCAGCAGUUCAAGUCCGUCCUCACCAAGUACAGCGUGCCAACCGGUACCAACGCCGCCGGCGCCGGCCAGAGCGCCACAAGCAACGAGAAGGCGGUCUGAGCCGGGGAACGCCCCUCCGCUGGCUGACCCGGUUCUAACCCAGUUCUGACACGGUUCUGACACGUUUCUGACCCGGUUCUGACCCAGUUCUGACACGGUUCUGACACGGUUCUGACCCGGUUCUGACCCAGUUCUGACACGGUUCUGACCCGGUUCUGACCCAGUUCUGACACGGUUCUGACGGCGCUGAUGGACCUUUAUUAGAGCACAAACUGAUGAGAAUCUAUUUAAUUGACCUAAAACCUGAUUUUAAGCGUUUCUCCUUUUUACCUUCAUUUGUCUCUUUAGAACCAAAAUAAAAAUCUUUCUGAAAAUAA